UGUCUUCAGGGCUGAUGAUACAGAACAUGUGGAAGAACCUGAGAGAAUAAACAGCUUCCCACAACAGUACAGGGAAUAUGAGAGUAUGCAUUUGGAAAGGCAUUCAAUUCUGUAUGAUGGAAAAUCUGUUAAUGGCAAACUGAACUGUGAUAUCUGUGGACUUGCGUGCGUUAGUCUUAAUGUCCUUAUGGUACACAAACGUAGUCACACAGGAGAGCGUCCAUUCCACUGUACUGAGUGUGGAGCCUCUUUUACACAGAAAGGAAAUCUGCUUCGUCACAUCAAGCUGCACACAGGAGAGAAACCAUUCAAGUGUCACCUCUGUAGCUAUGCGUGCCAGAGGAGGGAUGCUCUGGCAGGUCACCUGCGUACACAUUCUGUUGAAAAACCAUUCAAGUGUGAGUUUUGUGGGCGAAGUUACAAGCAACGAAGUUCUUUGGAAGAACAUAAAGAACGUUGCCACAACAUUUCACAGUGUAAUAAUUUGUUCUUCCAGUCCUCUGUAUACUCUUCUUGCAAAGGUCAGAGCAAUCAAAAACAUAUAACUGAAGACUUAUCAGAGAUGGGCACUGAGAGAGCACUUGUUUUGGAUCGGCUGGCAAGCAACGUGGCCAAAAGAAAAAGUUCAAUGCCUCAGAAAUUUACUGGUGAAAAGCGCCACUGCAUGGACCUCUCAUACAGUUCCAGCUUUAUGUAUGAGAAGGAAGCUGAAAUAAUGCAAAGUAGAAUGAUGGACCAGGCCUUAAGCAAUGCAAUCACUUACCUCACACCAGAAGCACUGCGACCUCUAGUGCAAACUACAUCAGCUACCACAUCAGAAAUGCUACCUGUCAUCAGCAGUCUGUACCCUAUAGCACUUACCCGCUCUGCUGAAAUUCCAAAUGGGCAUGUGCAGCCAGUGAAUGGUACUACUCCCCACCUCAAGUCUAAACGCCAUUCUUCAGAAAGGGGGCCUUCCCCAAACAACAGUGGACCUGAUUCUACAGACACUGAAAGCAAUCAUGAGGACCGGGUUAACAGCUACCAGCAGAAACACCUGAUCUUAGCUCAGACACACAAUGGGUUGCACCCCAUGAAAGAAAUGCCAAGGCCUUAUGACUUUAUCAAGACACCCUCUGUUCCCUCUCGUGAUGCCUUUAAAGUGAUCAGCAGGGAAGGAGAGUUGAUGGGGGUGUACAAGUGUGACCACUGCCGUGUGUUGUUCUUGGACUACGUGAUGUACACUAUUCACAUGGGUUGUCAUGGUUUCCGUGAUCCAUUUGAGUGCAAUGUGUGUGGUUACAGGAGUCACGACAGAUAUGAAUUCUCAUCUCACAUAGCCAGAGGAGAACAUAGAGCUUCUAUGAAGUGAACCAUGUGACCAGAAGGCUAACUAUCCUACUGUCAAAUCCUAUUGUAACUAUAUGUAUUUAUGUGUGUGUG